AAACGUCAUUCUCUUGAAAUGCUGGAACGCUUAAGCCCUUCAUGUCACUCAUUCUGAACGAUGAAAUGGCUGCGGACAGUGCAGAGGCGAAAAGGAGGCUUUUAAAGGAGCUUGUAAAUAACAAGGAGAGCUUAAAAACCUGUGGCAUCCUAUUGAUUAACCACGUCAUUAAAGAAUAUAAAAAGGAGCAAAACUUGCUUAAACCACACGUCAAUGAGAUUCUCCACAGCAUAUUCUUUUUAGGGAUCCUGUACCAUCUCACCCCCAACGACUUUCUGUCUGUAAACACAGCUGAAAGUUUAAAUCAAAUCUUUCCAGACCCAUUUAAGAAAUACAAGAGUCAUCUACCCAAGCGGACACCGUUCUCAGUACUGUUGGACAUAAUGGUACUUAAAUAUGACACAGAAGAGAGAGUUAUGGAGGAACUUUGCAGUCUCUUAAAAGAGCUGAAAUUUCCUCAGCCUCUUUACAAACCAGGAAACAAAAUGCAAAACUUCUACACACUGGAAUCCACUGCUAUUUGUGUUUGUUUCAACAGUCAUGACCCAUCAAAAGUAUAUUUUGGGGCUUCUCUUGGUUGUAGGAAAAAAGCCAAAUCUAUUAUGAUAUAUUCCUCAUGUAUCAAUACAUGGCAUGACCAUGUGUCAAAUGUAGUAAUGGCAUAUAGCCACCAGCAACAAAAUGGUGAUGAUUUAAAGCUUUGGUUACCACGGCUUAAUUUUUCUCAGUCUAUGAAAUGCCAGGCAUAUCUCAGAGAUUGGUCAGAAAACAAGUACAUUGAAAUACUGCCCUGCCUCAACUGUCAACGCAUGUUCAGCCUACCAGGGGAAGAGAGAGAACAGGAAUUUUAUCCAUAUGGAAACUGUGCAGAGACAGAAUGCUUGAGCAAACUUCUGCUUAAUGAUGAUUUUAUGCAAGAGAAUACAGAUAUCGAAAAUUAUUCACAGGAACAAAUGGCAGACUUAAAAACUCAAACCAUUAAUACAUUGAGAAAAUUGCUUGCUUCCAUACCUUCUCUCAGCAAGAUGAAUAGAGAUGUCCUUCCUGUUUUUAUUCCAGACAGUUGAAAUAAAGGAUUAAUACCUUGAUAAGUAUUCCGGAGGUGCUGCUAGUGACAUUACCUAAACUAAAAAAACAAAA